AUGCCUCUCGCCUCGACGUAUAUCGCCCUCGGCGUGGCAGGUGUUAUCUCGUCGACAGCAACAUCGACGUCUUCAUCGUCUGUAGCGCUAGCCGACAUUUCACGCUGUCCUGGCUAUGAGCUCAAGCAUGUUGCACGGACGACAUCUUCGUUGACAGCAAGCCUGCAAUUGGCUGGAGAGCCAUGUAAUUUGUACGGUCGUGACAUUAAGGAUUUGAAGUUGUUGGUUGAAUACCAAAGUGACGGCCGUCUUCACGUCAAAGUCUACGACGCAGCAGAAGACGUGUAUCAAAUCCCGCCUGAAGUGCUGUCCUUCCCCCAAGGAAGUAACGACACCGCAGAUCCAUUGUUGAAGUUUUCAUACGUUGAAUCGCCCUUUUCAUUUGCUGUCCAACGCAGUGACACUAACGAAACAUUAUUCAAUACAUCUGCUAGCCCGUUGAUCUUUGAGCCACAAUUUGUCCACCUACGGACCUGGAUGCCAACAGAUCCGUAUAUCUAUGGAUUAGGUGAAGAUGUAGAUUCAUUCCGUCGGCAGACAAAUAACUACAAGAGGACAAUCUACAAUGUGGGAGACGCUUUCCUACCCAAGAAUGCAAAUUUAUACAGCAGUCACCCGAUUUAUCUCGAGAUGAGGGAUGGCAAAGCCCACGGCGUCUACAUUGCCAGUAGCAAUGGGAUGGAUAUUUUCAUCAGCAAAACAAACAAGGGUCAGCAGUACCUGGAAUAUAAUAUUAUCGGAGGAGUGCUCGAUUACUACUUUUUCGCUGGACCUAGUCCGUUUGAUGUUGGACGGCAAUAUGCAGAAGUCGUGGGAGCUCCCGCCGAACAAGCAUACUGGACAUAUGGAUUCCAUCAGUGUAAAUACGGAUAUCAAGACGUGAUGAUGGUGGCUGAAAUGGUGUACAACUAUUCCGAGGCAAAUAUUCCUCUUGAGACGGUCUGGUCCGACAUUGAUUACAUGAAUCUACGACGUACUUGGACAUUGGAUCCCGAGCGCUUCCCUAUACACAAAGUUCGUGAGCUCGUGGAUUACCUUCAUGAUCACGACCAACACUACGUUGUUAUGGUCGACCCGCCAAUUUCAGUGGAUGACCCGGCUACCUAUAAUAAACUCCUGAAAAGCGAGGCUUAUUUCAGAAACAAUGACGGCUCCGUGUUUCUGGCAGGCAUGUGGUCUGGCGCUACUGCAUUUGUGGAUUGGUUCCAUCCGAAUGCACAAGAAUAUUGGAGUAGUCUGAUUUCAUCGUUCUUUGAUGAAAAAACAGGCGUCGACGUAGAUGCAAUUUGGAUUGAUAUGAAUGAGCCGGCAAACUUCUGCCCAUAUCCAUGCGAAGACGCAAUAGCCUGGGCCAAAGCUGCAGGUGUACCCCCUGCACCACCACCAUUACGUGACUCGUGGCGUGAUCUGCCUGGAUUUCCAAAGGAUUUCCAACCACCAAAGACGAAAAGCAUAAGCAAACGACAAGCCAGUGGAGAACGUAUUGGAUUGCCUGGGCGAGAUCUGCUGAAUCCUCCCUACCCACUCGGCACGGUCGAUGGGAUUAUUUACGGCGGCACGAUAUUCACUGAUCGGUAUCAAUAUGGCGGAUAUGCAUUCUACGACACUAAGAACCUGUUUGCUUCGAGUAUGAUGCAAGCGACACGAAACGCCAUGUUGGAGCGACGACCUAAUAGGCGUCCAUUAAUCAUAUCACGAUCUUCAUUCGCAGGAGAUGGAAAGCGAUCAGGUCAUUGGACUGGCGACAACAUAUCUUCCUGGGACCACUAUCGAAUUUCUAUCAGACAAAACAUGGAGUUCGCUGCAAUCUUCCAAAUGCCCACUAUCGGCGCUGACGUCUGUGGCUUCAACUUUGAGACUUGGGAGACCCUCUGCACUCGAUGGGCAGUCCUUGGAGCGUGGUACCCAUUUUACAGAAAUCAUGCUGAUAUCACAGCCCCAUUCCAGGAAUUUUAUAGAUGGCCCAAGGUCGCCGACGCAGCAAGAGCGGCAAUCAAGACUCGCUAUCAAUUAUUGGAUUAUUUCUAUACCGAAUUCCAUUACCAGACCGUCGACGGGACGCCAAGUACUAUUUUGCCUCUAUUUUAUCUGUAUCCUCAUGACCCCGUCACGUUGGAUAUCGAAUUACAAUUCUUCUAUGGCUUGGCAUUACUUGUUUCUCCCGUGACAGACGACGAAUCGACAACUGUUACGUUCUAUCUUCCGGCCGGCAUAUGGUAUGAUUUCUGGACGGGUGAGAAACUGACCAUCCAAUCCUCACACGAGAAACAAAAUGGGAACACAGCGAAAGGCGAAUGGAUAACCCGCCAGAACGUCGGAUACGACGAAAUUCCAGUACACAUCCGUGCUGGCACGAUUAUACCCAUGCGGAUCGACGGCGCGAACACGACUACGCAACUACGCAAUCUCGAUUUUGAGCUGACCAUUGCUCCGGAUGAGAAGGGGUUUGCGAGCGGACGAUUGUAUUUGGAUGAUGGGGAGAGUGUGGUACCAGCGAAAAGAGAAGAUGGGAUUGCAACGAGUGAUAUACUACUUGAUUAUGAUGCCGCGACUGGGAAGGUGCAUGUCCAUGGACGAUUUGGAUAUCAUACCGACGUCAAGAUUGUCAAGGUUACUGUUCUAGGUGAUGCAAAGAAUCGCAGCCCGGUAACCGACAGCCAGGGACAAAUGCUCCUAGGAACAGUGACUGAGACUGAAGGGUAUGGGAGAACGGUCUUCGUGGAAGAGGAUUUGAAUGCUACUUCUACUCUGUAUGUUGGUUAGAUGUACAUAUCCAGACAGUCGAGGGUGAAUAUCUUCUCAUUAAAAGAGUAAUAUACUAUAUCGUGGUCUCUAAUUACGGUGGUAUCAAUAUGUACAUUAAAAGUAAAAUUAACGAAAGAGCCUCUACACAUCAACUCCUGUAUCAAACACAACCACCAACGCUGAAAUAUAGAACCGUCACGUGCAGUACAUGACACAAGAAAUAAAAACUUAUAUGUACUUAUAUCAGCAAAAACGGUUACACAACAACUCCUUCCCCUUCUUUCAACGGCAAGGUAGUACCCGUCGCGUUGACAAGGGUAGACUUCAUAUGUCUAUGGAACUGAUCAUGUAACCUCAAAGCCGCAUAUUGAGUAACGGCAUCUUGCAAUGCACCCACUGUAGCACCUUUGUCCAGCCAGUAAUGACGGACGAAUUCGCCUGUGCAACCUAGAUCCGCCUUUUUGGGGUAACCGUUUGCUUCUGCGCAGGGGAGCGAGAUGACUUCAUUGGGGCCGGUGUAUUCAUAGCGCAAGUAAUUGCUGAAAGCGGCUUGUUCGUGGCUCCAUUCGUAUCGCCAUUUGGAGCAGUUGGCGUAUUUAUUGUCGGUGACGCAGUCUUCCCAGAUAUUGAACAUUUCUGUAGUGCGCUCGCUGGCUUGAGCGAUGAUGAAGCCUGUGUUGAGGUUGACGUUUCCUCGCUCGUCCUUGUUGAAGUCUGCGUCUGGGUCUAGGGCCAUGGCGAGCAUGGUGUCGCUGGUAAUGUUCCAGUGGUUGAAGAGCCAUUCCAAGGGUAAAUGGUGGUAGUGGAAGACGGCGUCGGCGUCCAUGAACACGACGUAAUCGUACGUUUUGAGCGCUUCACGGAUCAUGGGGACUUUGACCCAGGUCUGGUGUCGGUCGGUGUAGGAUGGGGCUUGGAUAAAUUUGUACUCGUAACCGUGGAUCAUUGCUACAUGAGUUAGUAGAUGGGCUCGUAGGACAAUCGGGAUGGGAUCAACCCACCAUACAAGUAAUGGCUCAACAUGCCCGCGGUAUGAGGAGAAAGGUCAUGAUAGCUGAUAUGAUCAUUCAUCAUGCCACCCUCGCCGUUCAACGCGCGGGUAUCAACAUCGAGCAACAAGACUUUCUUUCCAAGCGACUUUGUGAAUCGAGGCGGGUUCUGAGCGAUUUUGUAUUCGACUUCAUUUUCGCCGAUGAAUGUUUCUGCGUCAAUAGGAUGCAAGAACGGUUUGUACAAUUGUGGGAUCAAGCGACUAAGGUCGGAGUAGCGGGAGUCUGAGCUUGGUUUU